CUUCCGGUUUGAGUUGAUGAAGUAGAAAGAUGAUUUUCAUCAUUUUCUCCUAUUUGCAUGCGGUUCAAGUAGCGAAAUAGAAGUCAGCAUCACGUGCUUAUUAUCUAUUUUACUGGAAAUCAUGAAUUUAAAGACUCUUGAUGGAACCAUUAAAGUGAAUUUAUACUAAAAUUCAACCAUUUGGAAAAUGAUUGAAUCAAGAACAUUUUCUGUAUCUACUCAAACUCAAAAUGCUUUCAAGGUCAUGCAUGAGUUACGACUUCGUAACUUAUUGUGAGACAUCAUACUCAGAGUUGAUGGGAAGGAUUUCACUGGUCAUAAAGUAGUGUUGUGUGGGUGCAGUCCCUACCUCUGUGCUAUGUUUACAAAUGGAAUGUUGGAAUCAGAAAAAACACAAGUAGAAAUACAGGGCCUGGAGUCCUGGGCAAUGGGGGAGUUAAUUGAAUUCAUGUACACCAGCGUGAUCGAGAUAAACGUCGACAAUGUUCAAGGGAUUCUACAAGGAGCCAGUUUACUCGGGUUACACCAACUGAGGAAGAUGUGUGCCACAUUUCUACAGUCUCAGCUUACUGCCUCCAACUGCCUCGGAAUCCAUGGACUUGCUGAUAUGUAUAUGUGUGGAGAACUAGAAUCUGCUUCAAGACAUUUCAUUAAUCAGAACUUCUUAGAGGUCAUUCACUGUGAAGAAUUCAUGCAGUUAUCAUGUGACCGUCUUAUUACUCUGCUCAAAAGUGACAACAUUCGUGUGAACAAUGAAAACCAAGUUAUGGAUGCAGUUAACAACUGGAUUCAAUGGGAUCCCGAUAACAGACAUUCUGAAACUUGUCGUCUACUCCAACACGUCAAGUUACCUCUGUUAGGUAUCUCUCAUUUAGAAAAUGUAGUUGUGCAAUUAGAAUGUUUGAAAAAUUGCCCCAAGUGCCAGUUGUUGAUUAGCAAAGCUAUCACGACCCUGCACGAUGACACCUCCCUACAGCUGAUCCGACCGCGUGCCAUGCCUAUCAGUAUCUAUGUCCUCGGAGGCCGGAAUAGCGCGGACUGUCAGUUACCCAGUACCGAGAGAUACGAUUUCCUUCUAGAUCAGUGGACACAUGUUAGUGAUAUGAACAUAGCCCGCACAGCAGUAGGAGCAUGCAGUAUAGAAGGCAUGCUGUAUGCUGUGGGAGGGGAAUGUGCCUUAGCUGACACUCAGGAGGACACGCUAUACUUACGCUGCGUGGAGUGCUAUGAUCCAGUACUUAGACAGUGGGUCCCUAAACCCGACAUGAAAGUAGCCAGGUCAUUUGUGGCGGUGGCAGCAGUUGGGAAGUACUUGUAUGCAAUUGGUGGAGAGGAUCGUGCCACUAGUUAUAGCAUAAUGGAAAAAUACGACAUUAAUUCCGAAACCUGGUCAUUUGGUCCGAACAUGAAGAGGAAACGGGCCGGGGCAGGGGUGUGUGUAUGUGACGGCAGAAUCUAUGUAGCUGGAGGAUAUGACAAGACUCUACACAUGGAUCGAGCCAGCGUGGAAUGUUAUGACCCCAAUACUGAUGAUUGGACAUUCGUAACAGAGAUGGAGAAAGCUAGAUCUGGUCUGUCUGUGGUUGCCAUUGACCACAACAUCUACAUGAUAGGAGGGCGAUACAAAACAGCUGAUCAGUACUUUGAUGUGGCAGAAAGGUAUAACACUAUCACUAACCAGUGGACCACACUAUGGUCUAUGAACCAGCCAAGAGCCUGGCCAGGAAUCGCAGUGUAUGAUGGGAGAAUUUAUCUGAUUGGAGGAUUUGAUGGCUCAUACAGACUUCGAAGUGCUGAGGUGUAUGACAUUGAUAGAGACAGGUGGUCAUUUAUCAGUAAUAUGCUGGUGGGGAGAGCAGGGUGUGGGGCAGCCAUAGUGUGAGGGGAACACCCUCCCCUUCCCCCUCCCCAUGAUAAACAGAAGAGGUGCUGAUAGCUUCCUAGUCUUGUGUUAUUUAUUGCGAGGAUCUAUUGUGAUAUUUUUAUAAACACUUCCUGCACAAAUGUUGUGAUAUAUCAUUUAGGCAUUGGUAAAAUCUUUUCUUAUUCCUUCAAGGCUGUGAUAUAAAAUUAGCAGGGAAAAAAAUCGGGAAAUUGUGUAGUAAAUUACAUAAGUACACA